GCCCAAGGGGCCCUUAGGCCUUAGGCAAAAUGAUGUUGCCUCCGGCUCGGCCAUGCAUGCCCAUGGGGCAGCUACCUGGUGGAGGGCUGCCCCUCCCUGGGGCCAUGCAGAUGCCCACACCUCCUGGGAUGCCCAUGCCAUCGCUGGGCAUGCCCAACCUGGGGACGACGGUGCCUCCAGGGCCGGGGCCCUGUGGCAUGCCCAUGCCGCGGCCCAUGACCAUGGCACCACCAUGUGGGGGGACCCUACCAGCACCUCGGCCCAUGAUGCCUACGAUGCCUACCAUGGAUGCGUCUAUGCCAAGACCUCCCAUGGGCUCAGUGAUCCCACCCCCACAGCCAGGUACCAUGCGACCGCAGAUGAUCCCGGCACCUCAGCAGCCCUUCAACCCCUCCCUGCCGCCGCGGCCACCUGGGCCCAGCUUGCCACAACAGCUGGCACAGCUGCAAGCAGCUGGGCAAGAGGGGCAGAGGCAAGCACCACCUCCUCCAGCGUUUCAUGGAGAUAAGAAACCACAGCUCUUCAUGCUGAUUGCGCAGCUGGCUCCUCAUGUUCAGGAGUCACACAUGCAGCAGCUACUGGAACAGUGUGGUGACCUUCAGGCCUUUCGAAGAGCUCAAGAUGCGGAAGGCAAAGCCAUGAGCUUUGGCGUGGCACAGUUUGCUGAUCCAGAAUCCGCCUGGAAGGCUGUCAGUUGCCUGGCGAAACGGAGAAUCGGCGGCCAGGAGAUCAAGGUUCUCCUUGAAGAGAACACUGAAGCCUUCAUCCUCAAGUGGAAGAUGUCGCAGAAAGUCGUCUUUCGGGUCAACACCGACGAAGAUUUGGAGUGGGAAUUGGAGCGAAAGACGGUGAGUUGCAAUGCCUUGUUGGAUGGAAAGCUGGAAGAGCUGUUCGGCGUCGAAGGCACAGGUGCAGCCAAGCAAAGGCGACAGGAGUUGAGGGAGCGAGAGGAGAAACGGGUGGAACGUGCGAAGAAGCGAAAAGCCUGGAGGGAAAGCGAGUUUGCGGCAGAGUUAGACAGACUGGAGGCCUCAGAGAUGGCGUUGCGAGAAGCGGAGAAGCUGCGGGAUGCAGAGGACCGGGAGAAGGAGGACUUCGAGCUGUCAGAAAAGCAGCGGAAAGAGAUGAAACUAGAGAAAUUGGAGGCGCAUCAUGGCAUUGUGCGCAGUGUCCAUGUGGCGCAACUGGCAGAUAACCAAGCCCUGAUGGAUUUGGUGCACAAGGUUCAGGAAGAGCCAAGGGAAGAGCUCUUCACCAUCAAGCUGGACACGGCCUACCUCCGCAACGAGCGAAUCCUGGAGCGGAAGCUGCGGCCCUGGCUGGAACGAAAGGUGGACCUGCACAUGGGGGGCCAGAGCUCGGACCUCGUCGAGCUGAUCCUCCGCCGCGUGAACGGCGCGGCGCAGCCAGAUCCUCUGAUUGCGGAGCUGGAGAGGUUUUUGGAUGACUUCGCCGAGCCACUCGUGGAACGACUUUGGCGGAUGCUGACCUUGGAGAUGAUCCAAAACGGCUUGGUGUUGCCCACCGUGGCCAAGCGCCAGAAGAAGGAAGAGAUCAAAGAUGAGAAGCUGUGAAGCAGCUGAGAGGUCAAAGCUCUCCAUGGAAACAGCCAGGGAAUCAUAUGGAAACAGCCG